AUGUAUGUUCAUUUUUUAGUGAAUCUUUGUCAGUACCCACAUAUAUCUCCAUCCAUCUAUCUAUACAUCCAUCUCUCUCUCUCUCUCUCUCUCUCUCUCUCUCUCUCUCUCUCUCUCUAUCUAUCUAUCUAUAUUUUGCCAAAAUUUUUAUUUAUUUCUUCUUUGUUUUCCUUGAAAUUUUUCACUCACAGUUUCUUUUUCAGUCCUUCUUUUGUGCUCUCUUUCUCUUUCUACACCCUUUUUCACUCUUUCUUUGCACCUUCUUCUCUUAUUCUAACUACACUCUUUCUUUUUCAGUCUUUAUUUUCUAUACUCUUUUUCUGUACUUACUUUUUACUCCCUUUUGUUGUCCAUACUUUUUACCUACUUCCAUUUUUCUUUCUUUCUUUCUUUCUUUCUUUCUUUCUUUCUUUCUUUCUUUCUUUCUACACUCUUUUCAGUUCAUACUUUUUACUCCCUUUUCUUUCUUUCUUUCUUUCUUUCUUUCUUUCUUUCUUUCUUUCUUUCUUUCUUUCUACACUCUUUUUCAGUCCUUACUUUUUACUCCCUUUUCUUUCUUUUUCUUUUUCUUUCUUUGUUUCUUUAUUUCUGCACUCUUUUCAGUCCAUACUUUUUACUCCCUUUUCUUUCUACACUCUUUUUACUUUUUACCUACUUUCAUUUCUUUUUCUUUCUUUCUUUCCUUCUUUCUUUCUUUCUUUUUUUCUUUCUACACUCUUUUCAGUUCAUACUUUUUACUCCCUUUUCUUUCUUUCUUUCUUUCUUUCUUUCUUUCUUUCUUUCUACACUAUUUCUCAGCCCUUACUUUUUACUCUUUUUCUUUUCUUUCCCAAACACUUUUUAAGUCCUUGUUUUGUGCCUUCUUUUCUUUCUUUUACUCUUUUUUACAAUCCUUUUCCUCUUUAUAUUUUUCACCCCCUUUCUUUUCUUCCCCCUACACUCUUUUUAAAACCUUGUUUUGUACCCUCUCUCUCUUCUUUUGACACAUUCUUUCAUUUAUCUUUUAUACAUAAUAAUCAUUGUUCCUCUCAUUUUUUCUCACCACCUUCCUUUCUUUCCAUUUCAUCUUUCUUAAUCUCUUCUUCCUGUUUCUUUAGGCUUCCAAUUCUUUUACACUUAUUUUCUUUGCUACCUUACUUCUGA